GUUAUGGAGGAAGAUACAGGCCAGAGCAAACAAAGAAAAUUUCUGAAUGAGGAUCCUAAAGAUGGACGAGGGACUCUACAGAGACAAAAGCAAGAAAAGAGAGAGAUAAGAAAAUAAACAAAUGAAGAAAAAAAGGAAGAGAGAAGACUCCCUGAGUGCCCACUGUCAAGACAUCAAUGUCAAGAUUUAGGCUCUUACAUCCUGUUGUCUCUUGGAUAGGACAACAAUCAUGGAUAGUUCGGAUGAAAGGAAUACGUAACCCAUUUUUCUCCAGGAUCUUUUUGGUCAACCAUCUCAUCUAAUAGCUUCCAGAGAAAGUGACCAUAGGAGAUGCAUUUCACUGAAGCUGCAGAAAGAAAAAGUGAAGAUCAAGAACCUGUGGGAAAUGGCAGCCACCUUAUAGACAAAUGCCUAAUACUACGUGAUCAGAACCGUGCUGAGAGCCAGGGACACAACAGUCAGGUGCCCUGCCCUGAGGACAAGAGGAGCGUGCAGGGACUGAUUUGUGAACAAGAGGCUGCUCCUGGCUCAAGGUCCCUCUGGCCAGAAAUCCACCCCAUGAAGCCCUGGGCGGGGACUAAGAUUCCCAUUCCUGUGGAAUCGCCCCCUGAGAGGGACCGGGCACUUUUGGGGGCAGAGGAUUCUGUGGGCUGCUUGGAGAGGGUCACCCUCCUGCAGGCUGGACCUACAUUUACCGCAAGCCCCCAACCGUCUCCCCAGGGGAAGAAUACGGCCAAGUUGGUAUCUGCCUUCCGGCCAGUUCCUGUUCUCAGCUUGGAGCCUACUUGGCUUCUUCCUUCAUGGGAGAUAAGGUUUUUGACUCAACCAGGAAAAGAGCAGGCCUUGUGGCCUGGCCUGGACUCUUCUGUGCUUCAGGCCACAGCUCUGGGCCUCUCAAAGAUUCUCCCCACCUGGCUCACCCGUGAAGCUAGACCCAGACAAGCCCUCGACCUCCAAAACCGAAACAGAGGAAAGAGCAGGACCCACUGCCAGCUUCUCCAGCCUUUUGGCACAUGGACGGCGCUUCAAGAACGCUUCCACUGGAUCCGCGCUGCGGGCGCCUCCCGGCCGGGAGCUUUCAGGAAGGCAGGCCCGGCCAGGGCAGCCUGCGCAGCCCCUGUCUCUGCCCAGCGCAGGGUCACCUCUGCAGAAACCUGGACCCAGACCUCAGGCCGGUCUCCACUUAGGUCUCAUUUGUGCCACAUCUCCUGGGCUGUUCCUCAGAGACAGUGUGAGUCCAGGUAAUGGAACCUCUACCCUCUCCUGUCUUUCGGUGUCGGAGAGCGUGAGUGAGGCUCCGGAGAGUGGGAGCCGCGCCGCACGCGCACAUGGAGCCACAGAGGGAGGAGGGACAGCAGGCUUCUCCCUGGCCAGAGCGGUGAGGACACAUCUCACACGCACCUCCAUCCUGCAGAGCGAGUGGCCGGCCGGCCUCCCUCACCUGGAUCACAGCGGCAGGUGACAGACGCCCAGAAGCCCUCCUCUGCACCCGAUGGGACAGCCCUGGGCUGGAGGUCCCCUCAGCCACCCACCGUGGCCGCCAGAACUGCGGGGAAAAUCACCAGGCCAAAGGAAGUCAAUGAUUUCAGCAAACGGAAUUUCUUUGUCCUUUGUAAAAGUCAACACAUGAUCUGUUCCUGAUUGGGAUGUGAAAUAAAACUAAAAAUAACAGCA